GUGAACAAUCAUGGCAGGGCAAGCCUCCCGUGUCCGCUGAAGUCAUUGGUGAUAAUCAAGAUGGUUGGCGGUGGAGUCUUUCUAAGACCCCCGCGAUCCUAGCGUACCCCUGUCCCCACGGCGAGAUCCCUCAGCCACCCUUCUUGGUCGGUGGUUGUUCGGUGUCCGAAAAACAGCCUUCCGGGCUAUUUUGGAGGAGCAUGCUCAGUACAUUGAUUUGAAGGUAAACCUCCACUUCACUCCCAAAACCAUUUCCAGCCUUGUUGAAGUCCAUCAUCAGUCCACAUCAAAGUCAGUAAGCAUCUAGUCCAUUUCCGGGUUAGUUUCAUGUCGUUGCAAUUCUUCAGCACCCAAAGCGACCCAAAGCACAACCAACGUGCAGGGACAAGUCCAAUAGCAUAAAAACAUGACCAAUGAGGGCCUAUGAUUGUAUACCUCGUCAUGUUGAUCAUGUCCUUGAGGGUGGGUUGGAGCUGCACCCAAGUACCUACCUUGAAGGUACGGUGAAGAAAUGAAGGGGUUUAAACCGGAGCGGUCCCCGUUCCUGUCGUUGAUGAACUCUUCGUUUGACCAUAGCCUGUUACCUGAUAUUUCACUGUACUUUUUGUGACGGCACCAUGUUCUCUCAGUCCGAUAUUCCGGAGACGAAUGUCGACGUCCUCAUCAUUGGCGCCGGGCCUGCCGGGCUCAUGGCUGCCGCAUCUUUCGCUCACCUCACCGCUAUCCCCUCUGCCUCUCCGCUUUCAGUUCGGAUCAUAGACAAGCGUUCCACAAAGAUAUUUUCGGGCCAGGCCGACGGUCUUCAAUGCCGCUCUCUUGAAAUCUUUGACUCUCUUGGCUUUGCUGACAGGGCAUGGAAGGAAGCAAACCACAUGAUCGAAAUCUGCAUGUGGAAUCCUGACGCGACAGGUAUCAUUCAACGGAGCGACAGAAUCCCCGAUACGAUUGUGGGGCUGUCCAGAUUCCAACAGAUUGUGUUGCAACAGGGCAGGAUUGAGAGGUUCUUUUUGGACAACAUCCAGAAAUACUCUGGGGGUGCCAUCAAAGUCGAGAGGGCGAUCCUACCAACCAGUUUGCAGAUUGGGGAGGAGAGAGUUAAAGUGACGGUGAGAAAGCUAACAGAAGAGGAAGCUACUCCGCCGCAAGCUACGACAGGCAGCAAGAGUGAUGUGACAGAUGGGCUCUUUCGGAGUAACCUUGUGGGGGAUGACUACGAGGACAAGAUCACAGAUGCAAAGGGUGGGGAGGAAGAAGUGAUCAAUGCAAAAUUCGUCAUUGGGUGUGACGGUGCUAGGAGCUGGACCAGACGGGCACUUGGUCCCGAGUUCGAGCUACAAGGCGAAGCAACCGACUUCAUUUGGGGAGUUAUGGAUAUCAUCCCUCUCACUGACUUUCCCGACAUUCGCAUGCGCUGUGCUAUCCACUCAGCCAACGAUGGGAGUCUCAUGGUCAUCCCUCGCGAGAACCGGCUGGUGAGAUUGUACAUUCAGCUCAAGGAGGUCACGCCGGACGCAUCCGGCAGGGCAGACAGGUCCAAGAUCACACCGGAGCUCAUCUUUGGCGCUGCGCAAAAGAUUUUAAGGCCAUAUAAGAUCGACUAUGAAUAUUGCGACUGGUGGACCGCGUACCAGAUCGGACAACGUAUCUCACCCUCCUUUUCGCACCCUUCCAAUAAGGUAUUCCUUGCGGGCGAUGCAGUGCACACUCAUUCCCCCAAAGCAGGACAAGGCAUGAACGUUUCUAUGCAGGACUCAUUCAACUUGGCGUGGAAGGUUGGGCUCAUAGCCAAGGGGAUUUGUCAUCCCAGGAUUUUGGACACAUAUCAGUCCGAGAGACGCCGAGUUGCUCAGGACCUUAUCGAGUUCGACCACAAGUUCAGUCGUUUGUUCAGCGGGCGCCCGGCGAAGGAUGUUAUGGACGCAGAAGGCGUGAGCAUGGCUGAAUUUAAGGACGCGUUCCUGAAAGGGAACCUGUUUGCCAGCGGAUUGAGUGUUGACUAUGGUCCAAGUUCUUUGGUCGUCAAGAGCGGCGACCCUGGCGAACUGGGCGAUAGGAGCGUUAGAAGCCGGAAUUUGGAAGGGGUGCGCAGAAUUACCGUGGAAGAGUUCGAGGUGAAGCAGAGCCUGGCCAAAGGGCUGCCUGUGGGGAUGAGGUUCAACAGUUUUAAAGUCCUUAACCAGGCGUGUGCUCGGCCAUGGCAUUUCCAAGAGAGGCUGAAGGCUGAUGGACGGUUCCGCAUUGUGUUGUUCGCCGGGGACAUACUGGAUCCAGCACAGAAGCAGCGAGUUAAGGUGUUCUGUGAUAAGCUGAGCUCGUCCAACGGCUUUAUGAGAAGGGCUACUCCGGAGGGGGCUAAGAUUGAUAGUGUGAUCGAGGUGUUGACAAUCCACUCAGCCAAAAGGACCGAGACAGAGCUCCUGCGAGAUUUCCCCGAUAUCCUGCAUCCCUUCGACCCACACACCGGAUGGGACUACAACAAGGUUUUUGUCGAUGAAGAGAGUUACCAUGAAGGGUUUGGCGAUGCAUACAAGAAUUACGGAGUUGAUAAGGAGAAAGGGUGCGUUGUGGCUGUCAGACCGGAUCAAUAUGUGGGUUGGGUUGGUGAGUUGGAAGACUUUGAGCAGUUGCAGGAGUACUUUGAGGGCAUUUUCCUCGUAUAAGUAGGGGAUAGUGUGUACUUUGGUUGUCGUUUCAUACAACUGUACCUGGUCCAUGGGAGAAAUGUUUUCGAGCUCUAAACCGGGCACCUAUCGGCCCAUGGGAUGAUCGGCUCCAUGUGCAGUGAUAGCAAAGGUCGCAG